AUGGACUCUCAACCGCUGACUUACCAGGACCUCUCACCCAGAGACGAGCACGACGAGUCGUCGUCCGCGACUGAAGUCGAGUCGGUGUUGCUGAAUGAGAAGGACCGCGAAUGGCAUGAUGUGUUCCUCGACCCGCCUACCAGCCCACGAACUGCAUCAUCUCUGCCGGCACGGUGGCGGAGACACCACUGGAUCAUCAAUACCGUGUUGAUCUUGUUUAAUGUCGUCAUGUCCAUGGUGUUACUGUGGAAAGUCGCAGGCGCACCGUCAACAUCAUUACGACAGGUGAUCAAAUGGGAGUCUGAUCCCUCAUUUGUUCCCAAUAACUCCGUCGAGUUCUUUGAACAGCAAACAGUCGACAAAUGGCAAUCCCUCCUGCCAGUGAACGCACAUCGCGGCGAUGGCGAGACGUUUUCAACGACGUCCAUGACGCAUCAGCUUCACUGUCUGUUUAUGAUGGGUCGUGUCUACGCCGGCGUGACGCAGAGCAGGACCGCGGAGCUGCCGGCAGACUAUCAUGCUCACUUUCUUCACUGCAUAGACUACAUAAGACAGGGCAUCAUGUGUUCCGGGGAUGUCGCUUUGGAGCCACACACUCCAGAAGACGCAGAUGAUUUGGGGGCAAAGGAUGGAGGGUGGAAUGGACUUCAUGAGCAAAUACAACAAGGUGGACGAACGGUACUGCCCAUUGAUGAUUGA